AUGUCGGAACAGCAUCAGUCGGGCGAUGAAUUAGACGAUUACAAGGAGCAGGAUCGUUUCUUACCUAUUGCUAAUGUAGCUCGUAUCAUGAAGAAGGCUCUUCCAGACAAUGCUAAAAUCGCGAAAGAGGCUAAGGAAACUGUACAGGAAUGCGUUUCAGAAUUCAUUUCUUUCAUCACCAGUGAAGCAAGUGAUAGAUGCCAGCUUGAGAAACGUAAAACAAUUAAUGGUGAGGAUAUUUUGUGGGCAAUGCAGUCGCUUGGAUUCGAGAACUAUGCAGAGGUGCUGAAAAUUUACUUAGCAAAAUAUCGUGAGGCAAGUUAA